GGGCAAAGACACAAAAGCGUUAAUACAAUUCCCAUCUCCUCAAAAGUGAAUAUCUCUGGUAGAAGGAAGUCGCCAGUUAGAUAGCAACAGCGUCAGAAUACCCGUAUCCAGCAGAAAUCAGAUCUCUCUCGCGACUCCCCAUAAAUCGGGUGGAACGACGAACAAGUUGGUGGAAAAUAUAAAUUAAACAUGUACUUAAAACUUGUUUACGUUACAUUAGUCCUUGCAUUGGUAGCUGCAACAACAGUUGCGAGCGUAGAUGAUGGAUGUGCUGAACUCGCUUGUGACACUUGUGUCGGUGACUGUCAAUGGUUGAACUGCACAUUUAGAGAAACUCCAACUGUCUCCAAUGUUUCCUGUGUCAACAUCUCGUCCAUAAAUGGUCAGAACAUGACCGUGGGCAAGUGCUCUAAUGAAACCUGCUCAGUUGUAACUGACAUCCCUGCCCCACCCACAAUCUCCCACUCUCCUACCGCUGCUCCAGUUACCCAUACGGCCAGCAAUGCAACUAACAGCAGCACCACUGAGCCCGAGCCCACCCCAGCUGACCUGACCACUGCAGUACCAACUGCCCUGCCUGCCACUAACGGUACCGUCCCAGUCUCUGCCGCAACCCAUGCUUCAAACGUCAGUGUCACCACCGCAUCACCUGUGGGGCCCUCUCCAGCGCCUCAUAAGAAUUCCACAUUUGACGCAGCAAGCUUCAUUGGGGGCAUAGUGCUGGUCUUGGGCCUGCAGGCCGUGGUCUUCUUCCUCUACAAGUUCUGCAAGUCCAAGGACCGCAACUACCACACCCUCUGAAGAACCCUCUCCACUUCCACCAACCACAAUACCUACUCUGGGGCCCACUAUGAACACCCGAACCCCUGGCCAUUGUGAUUAUCACAGUGUUUCCGAUCAGUGUUUUUCCCAAAAGCCUAAUGCCAUUGCGGUGCCAACCUGUGGUUUAGGCCUGUAGCGUAAAUGCACACAAGGUUAUAAACUGUACACACCCACAAGUGCGCCACAUCUUUUACUGUACGUAGUUUGCUGCACAUUUCUCACACCCUGGUGCAGCUGAAGUGAACUCCAGCGCAGUGGCAUUUGAGCCUUCAACAGAGGAUUACAUCACUAUGGAUUCCCCGUCUCUCGUCCCCUCUUCUCGCUCCCCACCCACCCAUAUCUCGUUCCCCCUCUCCUAUCCUAUUACCCCCCUCCCCCCUCUCCUGCAGUGAGUCAUUGUGGCUAUUCUCCUGUGUGCUGACUGGAUGAAAAGCAAACUUGUUUACUGCUUCACUCCCCUGGCCCUUCAUCUUACUGUUUUACCUGCCUGCCAUUAAUAGACCCAAUAGUAAUUUAUGUAAACUUUCAAUUCUGCUGGUGUAUAGUGGGGCUGCCACAGCGUUGGAGUACUAGCUUGUUCAUGCAGCUUGGUAGUAACGCUUUGGAAACACUGUUUGAUUGAGAUCCCCUCCCCCUUUCUUUUUUGGAACUAAAUGACUGGAUGAUAUAGCAUAGCUUUUUUUUCUUGUUUGUCAUGGGACAGAUCUGGGUAGGUGUCUUCACAACUCCUUUAUGAAGAGUUUGUAUUCAUCUGAUGGCAGAGAUUAAAGUAAGAAUAAAAAGGAGAACUAUAAGCAAUGGUCCAUCCUCUAAGCAGGGCCUUACAGUGUGACCACUUUACUCACAUAUGCGUGUAAAUAAUUUGCUGUGUGACCUGGAUUUUAAAAAAUGUAUUUAGGAGCACCAAUGCACGUAGGAAAAAUUAUGAUUCUAGCUUUAUUACCUAAAAUAUUUAGCAUUGUGCUAUUAAAUUUCUUUGUGUGCCUGCAUUUUUCAAAAGUCAGUGUAGAGCCUUGCUUAAGUAGAUGCCCCCGUCUUAAGUGGCGGAUGAGUUGGGCUCUCUUGGUGUUAAGACUGUGUGUGCAUUUGGCCAACACUACACACUGCCAAAAGAGCAGCUCAAUGCAAUAAACACAAGUCAACCCCUAAUUUCUACAACCCCCCCCACACACACACACACACAAAAAUCUUUACUGACUUCAGCCAAACAUAUUGCAGUGAUGAGUCGGACCACUAGACUGAAGAUGACCCCUUGACCCACCACAGGAAUGAAAUCACAAUGAGCCAAGUCUUUAGGACACGGUUGUAGGGGUCUACAGAUAAAAUAUUGUUGUAAAUAUAUGGGAGUGAUAAAUCUAUCAGAAGUAUAAAUGAUUGAGUUGGAAGAAGAUAAGACAGCAUGCACCUUGAUGCUGACUAUUGGAAGCAAAGUGCCUUUAAUGUUAAAUGUCUGUUACUUAAAGUGGGGGGAAUGAGGGAGAUUUAUGAUGAUGCUCCUCUUCCUCCUGGCUGAGGCUUGAUUGUUGUGAAGUAAAAGCAGUCUGGACACAGGACAGGAGCAGUAACGCGAGAACAGAACCAACCACCUCCGUUCCAUUUUAAUUCAGCCAACCCAGGUAGUAAACUGAAAUUCCACAUUUUCCUCAGAAAAUGAUUGGGAGUGAUUUACAUUUCAGUUGACUUUAUGAAUUGACUGAAUUGAAAUGGAAUUGAGCCCAAACCCUGAGAACCUUAGUAUCCCAGCUGUACUGAAGAGCCUUUUAUUAUUGAAGAGUAGAUAGAUACAGUAGUUGCUCAUCGUGGUUUUGGAUGGAUGGAUGAAGACCUAUUAGGUUUAAAUUGAUUUAGAAUGGCAUUGGUUGAAAAGUGACCCCUAUGCAGACUGAAUAUAUUUUGUUUCAUUAAAUGUAGGGCCUAAGUUCCACACAGCUCCCUAAUGCUAGUUCCCCCUCAUUGUACACACACAUUCUAAUGACUUGUGUUUUUAAAAAUAAUAAUGGUGGAAAGGCAACACUUGCAUGAAUGCGGGAUACAGUAUAUUGAAAGCAGGUGCUUCCACACAGGUGGGGUUCCUUGGUUAAAAAAAGCAAUUAACAGCUCAUCAUGAUUAGGGUCAUGUAUUAAAAAUGCCCAGUUGCCCAUUAUUUUGGCUACCAUUGCUAGGAAGAAGAGAACUCUGACUGAUAGAGGGGUCUCAAAGGAGCAUAGGUUUAAACGGUGUGUCUCACAGGAGGUUGGUGACACCUUAAUUGAGGAGGAUGGGCUCGUAGUGGUUGGAGCAGAAUCGGUAUAUAGUAUCACAUCUCAAACAUGGUUUGAUGCCAUUCGUGCCGUUCCAGCCAUUAUUAUUAUGAGCUGUCCUCCCCAGGCAGUCAUUUUAAGCUUAGUUAGUAAAUUUAUUUUUUUUGGAGUCAUGCAAAAAAUUGGAUAGAGUUUUGAAAGUGUCAAAUAACUGACUUAAUAAUAACUGGUCCCUGAACUUUUAAUGUUGAGACAUUGUCCUUUGCAUUUUGGGGGUUUUCUUUUCUCCUUUUGAGGCACCUUUUAAAAAAAAAAAUUAAAAAAAAAUGUUUAUGUAGUGCCAAGGAGAGGAGAUGGGUGUUGGACUACAGAAAAGCAGUGACUAAUUUUCCCAAGUUUAGAGUACAAACAGUAUGGGUCUAGUUUUUUGAUUAGCUUGCUGCUAAUAGUGUGACUUUGUCCCCUUUGUACAUAGAGCUAUCAUGUCAUUCAGUUGAUUUACCUUAAAGGUUUGAACUUUCAAUCCUGUAAAGGCAAGAUUGAGUAUUCUUUGAGUUUUUUCAGUAGCAUUCACUUGCAAUGGCUUCUUUUUUUCUGCAUUAAUGCAUGUCAAACAAAUGGAAAUGUAAUAUUUUCUGUUGAAUUAUGCUAUUGGGGCAUCAGACACUUAAAAGAAAAAGAACCACUUGAUUAAUUUGUCAAACAAUUUGGUAGAGAAGAGUAUGCCUGAACAAUGUGUGUUAAUGUCGAAGUUCUCAGUCUUGGCAUGGAAAAUGGAGUGCGGCACUGACGGUUUUGUUUUGUACUUUUUGCCUUCCUGUUGCUGCCAAAAAUGUAUGAAUGCUUGUGAGAACUCUUAGCUCAAUAUUUUCAUAAUUAUGAAAAAAUAUCACCUUGCUUUGUAUGGAACACUCAGUGUAAUUUAAAAGUGCCCGUGUCGUUCAUUGGCCUUGAUUUAAUGUAUGUUCUUGAUCACCUUAGGUUUGCCUUUUAAAUAUGAAUCUGCAGUCACCCGAUGGCAUUAGGCUACAUCCCAAAGACGACCCCCCCCCCACCCUCCCCUGUGCAUUCACAGUAUGCUGAACAUUGAGUCCUCUACUCUCACUCACACAAAGGAACGUUAAUGGCCAAAUGUCAGGUGAAGGCAACUGAUAAGCAUUUGUGAAUCCAUAGAGCAUUCUGAGUGUUACUUCACCAUUAUUUCUCCUUUUGCCAUGGUCUUAAGGACACCAUGAUUUAAACUGUCUGCAUGCUGUAGGAACACACAAUGUAGCAGUGAGUAUUUUCUUUCAGUGUUUGUCACAGGACAUUGCCAGUACCCAUAGCAACAAUUUUUUUCUUCAGCUCGGGCAAACUAAGUCACAUGGCCCGGCCCCUCUCCAUGCACCUUUUCAAGAAAAGUGCCUUACUCGGUUGAACAUAUUAAGAUUUGUAUUUUUGUCUUAACUUGAUAGUACACCCAGUAGAUAUUAAAGGGACUCCGCACUUCCAGACCCCUUGUAAAGAUUCAAUCAAAGAUGCUUUGAGUGGUGAGAGCAGCUUUAAAUGUCUUUGUUUUCUCAGUCACGCUUGACUUUGCGAGCUUAAACCAGACACAAGAAUGGGUCAGCUGGCCAGAUGCACAGGCAUGUCAAAUUGUUGUGUUCCAUGACUUGGCUACAUUCCAACAUAGAAUUCAAUUUACAUUCUUGACCUGAGAAUGUAGCUGUCUUUGGAACAAUGGCACCCAUUACUAUUGUACAUCUCAAACCCAGUUUGCUGAUGUUUACAUGUCUAUGGCUCUGGAGCAGCCACCAUUUUCUGUGUGAAGCUCUGAAGCUUAUGUUUAUAGAGCUUUUAAAAUGGAGUUUUUGUUACUUUCUAUCACCUUGAUUUUAGUCCAGUUAAAUAAGAGGUUCUAGGUCUUAUGGAAUGAUUCUUCUGCGUUGCUCUCAUGUGCACAAAGAUGCAGAUGAAUAUGUACACGUACAGUUGCUGUUAUAUUUAGCCAUGAUGCCUGCUACUCUGUUUUAUGCUUGUUUUAUAUCCAUUUAGCCUGGAACUUGAUUUGCCUUGUUUUCUUUUAUUAGUUUUUGCCAUUAGCUUGAAGAUGUUAAAUUCAAUAAAGUUUGAAUAUUGUUGAA